AUGAAUUCUGUCCCUUUCCAAGACAUAUUGAAUAAAACAAACAAAACUAGAUGUAAUAGUCCCUAUAUUUCUUCAUGUACAAGUAGUAUAAUAUCUUAAGGUUCAUCUAAAAGAUAGUCAGCUGUUUAUUCAUCCAAUUCAUCUUAUGCUGAGUCGAAUCAAAAGACAAAGCCUGAUGAGAAGACUAUAAAUUAGUUAUAUUCCCUUUUUAAAUAAUAAGGAUUUGACAAUAUAAAUGGACUCCUUAAAUUUUUAGAUGCUCAACGUGAUUAAUAGGCUCGAAAAAGUACAUCGCCAAUGCUUAGGACAGUUCAGGAUGAGAAUGACAGAAAAAAGUUUGGGAUCAUGAUAAACGAGGCAAAGUAGGGUUUGAAUUAGUUAGAGCACAAAAUCAUAAAUUUAUAAAACAAAAAAGAGUGUAGAAACAAUAUGACAUUAAAGUAUAAGAAUCUAUUGACAGAAGAUGAUGAAAAUCAUGAAUAUUUGUAUGAAAAUAGAUAGGACUACAAAAAGUUAUACACCUAAACUCUGAAUGAGAAAGAAUAACUCCAAAAGAAGGUUGACUAAAUAGUUUAAGAGAACAAACAAAGAGAUGAGAAAAUCAAUUCUUUGCAUUAAGAAGUUGAAUUACUCAAAAAAUAAAUACAAGGAUUACUUAUUCUAAAAGAGGAGAGUUCGUAAUCUCCAAGACCUUCAAUAAGUGGUUCAGAUUAUACAUUCACACUCAAUGUUUGCAAUUCAGAAGUCAGAGGAGACAAACCAAUCUCCUAUAAAGAUUUUUUGCAUACUUAAAGUUAGUAGAUAAAACGAAUUUGA